GAAAGCGCAUUAAUAACCCGGAUGAAGCCUAGUGGCGCUGGCAGAGUAUGAUGCUUGAGCCGCUUUUUGUUGAACUGAAACUUAUAACAGAUUAUUUUCCUUUAGUUACUGCGGUUUAAUUUAUAAUUUAUAUAACUAUAUAGUUCGUUCAGCCUGCCGACAUGCUUCCGCUAUCUUUACUGAAAACAGCACAAAACCACCCAAUGCUAGUGGAGCUGAAGAAUGGGGAGACGUACAACGGUCAUCUGGUCAGCUGUGACAAUUGGAUGAACAUUAAUUUACGAGAAGUCAUCUGUACCUCAAGGGAUGGAGAUAAGUUCUGGAGGAUGCCUGAAUGCUACAUCCGAGGAAGCACGAUCAAAUACUUGCGAAUCCCUGAUGAAAUCAUUGACAUGGUUAAAGAGGAGGUUCUCUCUAAAGGCCGUGGCAGGGGUGGCAUGCAGCAGAACAAACAGCAGGGAAAGGGCAGAGGAGGCGGUGCUGGCCGAGGUGUGUUCGGGGGCCGUGGAAGAGGGAUGCCAGGCACUGGCCGUGGACAGCAGCAAGACAAAAAGCCUGGUAAACCACAGGGAGUCAAAAACCAGCACUGAACACACAGUAUCAUUUUCUUUUUUUGUCUUUCGCUGUAGUUUGUUGCUCUUACCCGACGACUUCCGUCUAACUUCUCAUCGCAUUGCAGAACCCACAGUCUGAUUUUAAUGCAGCAGUUUUCUUUUUGGUACAGAUCCGUAUAAAAGAUACUUUUGCAUCACAUGUAUCAUGGGGGUUUUCUUUAGACAAUAAAAAUGUUAGUUUCUUCGUAGUUCAUGUGAUAUGCAAACAAGAAGAUUUUCAGGUUUCAACGCCUUUCACAGGCAUUCAUUAUAGAAAAUAAUUUUGUUUAAAUUGAAUUUGAGUUUGGGAUGCCGUAGAUGUUUCAGAUUUUAAGUUCAUCACUUCAUACACAAAAUGGCAUCCUUUUUGUCACAGUAACUAGUCUUGGUUUAAGUGUUUUGGUUUCCGGUUUUACCACCUGAUUUGUCUGUUUUCAUAUGAUAUGCAGUGGACUUAAGAUGUCAAUAAACAUUUUUUGUUAA